AUGGAGGUUUUCAUUGAUGAUCUCCUAGCGGAAGGGAACUCGUUUGAUGAUUGCCUUGUAAAUCUGAGAAGAGUGCUAAAGAGGUGUAUGGAGACUAAUCUAAUGCUAAAUUGGGAAAAGUGUCGUUUCAUGCUACAGGAAGGUAUAGUCUUGGUACACAUGAUGUCAAGUAAGGGAAUUGAAAUGGACCACGCUAAAGUUGAUGUGAUAGAGAAGUUGCCACCGGCCACUUCUGUCAAAGCUAUAAGAAGUUUCCUCGGAGUAGCUUUUGAGGAGUUGAAAAAGUGGUUGGUGACAGCACCCAUGAUAGUUGCACCUGACUUGGAGCAACCAUUCAAGCUGAUGUGCGAUGCAAGUGACUAUGCAGUGGAAGCAGUUCUUGGGCAGCGCAAAGAGAAGGUCAUGCGCCCAAUAUACUAUGCAAGUAGAACCUUGAGUGGUGCCCAGCUAAACUACAUUGUGACUAAGACGGAGAUGCUAGUAGUGGUGUUUGCAUUUGACAAGUUCAGGUACCUAAUUGAGAAGAAGGAAUCAAAGAACGGAGAUGAUCACUUAUCCGGGCUUGAAGGAGCUGAAAAGAAGGUUGAGGUGGAAGAGAUUGUGGAGACCUUCUCGGAUGAACAAUUGUUAUCCACUUGCCUAGAUGUAGCGGUAUGGUAUACAGACAUUGCAAACUACCUGGCGAGCGGUAUUGUUCCCUAUGAAUUUUCCUCUAUGCAAAAGAAAAAGUUCUUACGUGAUUCUCGUAUGUACUUCUGGGACAAACCAUAUUUGUUCAAUAUUUGUAUUGAUAACAUGAUUCGGAUGUGUAUCCCCGUGAUGGACCAGGCUUCUGUUUUGCAGGAAUUUCAUUCUUCACCAUAUGGAAGCCAUUUUGGAGGAGUGAGGAAAGUUGCUAAGAUCUGUGAUGAGUGCCAACAGACGGAGAAUAUUUCCUGUCGACAUGAGAUGCCCAGGAACCCAAUUCAAGAGGUGGAAGUAUUCGAUGUAGAGGAAAUCGAUUUAUGGGACCAUUUGUUAGCUCAUAUGGAAACAAGUACAUAUUGGGCGAUCAUUAGUGAUGGAGGCACCCACUUUUGUAACCGUGCCUUUGCAAAAUUGUUAGAGAAAUAUGGAUUUCUCCAUAAGGUUGCCACUCUGUAUCUCCCACAAACAAGUGGGAAAGUAAAGGUGUCAACCAGAGAAAUUAAGAGUUUGUUCACCAAGACGGUAAAUGCUACUCGAACUGAUUAG